UUGUUAUCAACAUUGUCAAUGUCUUGGAUGUCAUCAUGAUGUCAUAGUGAUUUUUUAAUUUCUGUGUAUUUAUUACAAAUGUUAUUAUUGUUAUUAAAAUAAUGCCCAUCACGCUGUAAAUCAAAUAAGAUUAGAUUAACGACAUUUAAUCGUUACAAAACGAAGCUGAUUAUUAACACAAGAAGAGUCAAUACUUUCCUACAUGGAGCUCGACACAGCUCGUCAGGAGAAGUUGAACAUACUUAGGAAACCGGCGGUGGUGGCGGAGGAUCUGACUAGGGCCAGACGUGUGGCUGAACUAGAACGAAUCCAACGGGAAAAACUGGAGAAGAAAGUGAACGAACUCGAAGACAAGUUGAAUAGCAUUUGCUCGGCUGAGCCAGUUGCUGAGAGUAAGGAACAACGCAAAUUGGAAGCGGAAAACUCAUCACUGAAAUCUCAGAUCAGAGACUUGAAAGAUGAGAUAGAGGAACUCAAACUAAAUGCAGAGCAGCUUCAAGAUUAUAGAAAUAAGUACCUCCAAGCCCAACAAGAAGCCAUGGAGUACAAGAGACAGCUGGAAGUACUCGACUACGACAACCGACAAGUCUCGGAACAAGUACAAAUUGAAAUACAAAAAAUGAAGAUGCAAUUCCAAGAGAAACUGAUGGAGCUGUCACCGCUUCCGGACCUCCUGAAGAACGCUCAGAUCCAGCUGCAGGAGGCCAAGCAGCUCCAAGACCUGGCUGAAGACAGCUCCCGCCAGCUCUCCGCCGAGCUGCAGAGAGUUAAUGAGAAGCUUAUUAUCGCUAUAAAUAAUUACACACAUGAAAAGGCCGAGAAGCAUCAAAUUUUGGAGGAAAAUAAAACUCUUACUGCUGAACUCGAAGAGAAGGAAAACGAAAUUGUCCAGUUAAAUAAACUUAUUGAGGAGUCUAAAUACACAAUCACUCGUCUUGAAGAGAGACUCAGUAACCUCGACCAAAGGUUCCGGGAGAAGUCGAGUGAAGUCAACCAAGUAAUGCGGGAUCUGGAGGACUUGAAGAGCGAGAGUCACCGUUCACUGCUGCGGUCCAAGGAACGCUCGGAGACGACACGACGACAGCUGCAAGCCCAGGUGUCGGAGCUGGAGAGACAGCUCUCGGAGAGCCGGGCGCAGUGUCGGGCCAGCCAGAGGGAGAGAGAUGAGGCCCGACAGCGGAUACUGAUGCAGGUCAACAACCUGAAGGAGAAUUACGACUUAGUCGAGAUCAGACUUCGUACCCUUCAGCAGGAAGUCACAUCUCUGAAGACCAACUACUCCAGCAUCAUGCUGGAUGAUGAAGAGAACCCUGCGAUUUCUCUGUACCGCGAGUCGUGAUGGUGGAUCGCAACGAUUUAUUAGUUAGUCUUUAUUUUGUACGUUUAUGUUGUAUUUUCGUUUUAUUGUGGUUUAAUAAAAAGCUUUGUCCUUGGUA